UGUCCAGUCGACAUGUGCAGCUUCAAAACAACACCAGCACAUUAUUUUAGACCUAUUCCAUAAGUCGCUUCUGCCAUCAGAAUGUAUUGCAUUUUCAGCACUGAUUCAAUAUUGCGAAAAGGUUUUGUAGCUAAUUUCCUAGAACUGUAGUAAUAAUGCGCUGUUUUGGUCUCACUCACUUCCCAGUUACAUUGUUAGUGGCAACGUUAGCUGGCUAACGGUAGCUAGCUAGUUCGCUAACGUUAGGAAACCGUUAUCAUGUCAACCAUAAAGUAUUGUAUGUUAGGUAACAAUGUAGUUACACGUUUAUUCCCCAAAGGGACCUAUUCGUGGUGUGUACAGUUGAAGCAGCCGCAGUUUUACUGCGCAGAGAACUGGCUUAAGUUACCAACAAGUUAUAAGAGAUCACAUCAUGUCAAUCAAUCAUCAUAUCAGUAUAUCUCACAAUAUGGGCUUCAACGUCACAGAGCUACAACAGUGUCAUGGCAGACAUCUAUCCCCUUACAACACAGACGCUUUUCACUGUCAACAUACCAGCUGAAAAUUAGGGAUGAUGACCAUACUCCAGGACAUGAAAGCCUGGGCAGGGAGGAGGACGAUUAUAUAGAUGACAGUGAGAUAGAUGAGCUGUUUCAGCACCAGAUCCCUAUGGUCGGAGAGGGAGACCACCGCAUCUUCAUCGUCCAUCCUGAUGUGAAAUGGGGAAGCAGGAAGCAGUACCUUACCACAGCCAAUCUGAUGAUGGCGGAGGCAGUGGGUUUGGUCAACACUCUAGACAACUGGAGUGUCAUCGACAAGAUCAUCCUCUCCACCAAGACACCAGAGAAAAAGAUGAUCUUUGGCAAAGGCAACUUCCAGACGCUCACAGAGAGAAUCAGAAGAACUCCGGGAGUAACUGCUGUGUUUGUCAACGUGGAGCGCCUGUCCCCUGCCUCAGAGAAAGAGUUUGAGGAGGCGUGGGGGGUGAAGGUGUUUGACAGAUACUCUGUGGUUCUCCAUAUCUUCCGCUGUAAUGCCAGAACCAAGGAGGCCAAGCUACAGGUCUCCUUGGCUGAGAUUCCACUUCUCAGAUCCCGUUUGAGAAAUGAAGUGGCCAACUUGGACCAGCAGGGUGGGGGCUCCAGAUACAUUAUGGGUUCAGGUGAGACGCUGAUGGAGGUACAGCAGAGAGUUUUGCAGGAGAGAGAGCUGAAAAUCUGCUCUGCUCUGCAACAUCUGAGGAGGAAGAGACACCUGCUCCGCUCCCAACGCAAAAACAGAGACUUCCCCAUCAUCUCUGUUAUGGGCUAUACCAACUGUGGUAAGACGACUCUGAUCAAGGCGUUGACUGGUGACGCUGCGCUGCAGCCUAGAGAUCAGCUGUUUGCCACGCUGGACGUCACGGUGCACGCCGGCACGCUGCCGAGUCACAUGACUGUGCUUUAUGUGGACACCAUCGGCUUCCUGUCCCAGCUUCCCCACCGGCUCAUAGACUCCUUCUCCGCUACUCUGGAUGACGUAACUCACUCUGACCUGAUAGUCCAUGUGAGAGACAUCAGCCACCCAGAGACUGUGAACCAGAAGGAGAAUGUGUUGAAUGUCCUGAGGAACCUUCAGAUCCCAGACAGACUGCUGAGGUCCAUCGUAGAAGUUCAUAAUAAGAUAGAUCUGGUGGACAGCUAUGAGCCCUCUGAGCCCAACAGCCUGCCUAUCUCUGCUCUGAGAGGACAGGGUCUGGAGGAGCUGAAGAUAGUCGUAGAAGAAGCUAUAAUGAGAUCUACAGGGAAACAGGUCCUGACUCUCCCUGUGGACCUCAGCAGCUCCCAGUUAAGCUGGCUGUACAAGGAGGCAACAGUUCAGGAAGUGGACGUUAACCCAGAUGAAGGUUCCGCUGUCGUCAAGGUGAUCAUCAGUGCUGCUGCGUACGGACGCUACAGGAAGAUGUUCUUAGGUAGUUAGAAACACUACAGGUCUAAACCCUGGAUGAUUGACAGGAGGCUUUAUUGAAGCCACCGCGCUGCAAUAGAAAUGCAUUUAUUAUAUUCCAGACACCUUAAUGCAGACUUCAGAAAUGUUUUAUGUUAGCUUAACAUACAAAUAAAAACAUUUUCCUUAAUAAAGUAUUAUUUUUUGAGUAUUGUUACUGUCCCCACUACAACAACAAAAAAAUACUUGUAUAAUGGCUACGGUGUAUCAAAAUGGACAAACGGUACUACCAGUAUAGCCAUUUUUUUUCUUGUUUUUCAAGCAAGGGUCUUUUAAGGGAGUAUGGAGCACACUUGUUCGGUUCAGUUUGGCGAGUUUGGCUGAACUGAACCAUGCUGAAGCCUUUACCAAUAAUCACUGUUACCGACAGUUCCUGUUAUAACAUCCUUUUAUUAGGGAACACAACAAGCUGUUUCAUCAGAAAACCAAACUACUCUUGUUGUAUGAAUGAUAAAAUGCAUUUAAAUGUAAAUAUGUUAACAGGAAAGUGAGAAGGUAUGACAGUAUAUUGAUUAAUUAUUAACUGUCUAUCGUGUUUCACAUCUCACCUGGGCUGGAUCUGCUUGUGUCAAUGGAGAAACAAUGCAUGUGUAACGUGAUCUUUUAAAUUGAAUAUAUCAUCACUGUAAAACAGUGUAAUAUUCCUGGACGUAUUUGAAUAUCCAUUUAAAAAGGAAAGACGGAUGUCUGAAUAAGAGGUAGCCUAUUUAGUGGUUCUUUUGGAAUGACUUGUUGUGGGCUGAAUGACCCUCUAAAACAACAUAUUGACCUGUACUGUAAUAUUGACCUUUUCUGUUGAAAAACCCGUAGCAUUGAAAGGGGAAUACGGAUGAGGAACAGGGGCUUCAGGCAAAAUUCAUACCCCUUAUUCCACAUGUUGCAGCCUGAAUAAAACAGUUAUUGAUUGUUUUUAUC